AUGUUCUCUCCACCACCAGAUAAUUCCUCAUCUUCCUUUGGCAAUUCAUCAUCCUCGUUGUCAGCUCCACCACCACCACCAUCGUCACUAAAUUCUCCACCUCCGUCUAAUAGCAACUCCUCACUGCCGCCGCCGCCACCACCACCCUUAUUGUCUCCUCCACCUCCUUCAACCUCUAAGGAAUUAACACCACCAUCUAAGUUAGAUGAUGAUGAUGAUGAUGAUGAUGAUGAUAAGUCUUCUUCACCACCGCCACCGGCACAUAAGUUUUCAUUGUCACCCCCCAAGGAAUUAACUCUUCCUUCCAAUCAUGAUGGUGAAUCAAAUCACUCUCAAGACCACCAAUUUGAUGCGAAUUUGCCGGUUCUUAUAGGAAUUGUGGCUGGAGUGGGACUCUUUUUUGUGCUAAUGGUCAUCAUAUGCAUUUGUUGUUGCAAGAAGAAGAAGCGCCAUAAACCAAUUCACCACUAUACAGAAGACAGCGGCGGUUUUUACAGCAGUGGGCUGCCACAGAAUUGGCGCGAUGAAAACAAAGGUGUAGAUUAUGCUGUGAAGGUUCCACUUCCACCGCCUCGAGGUUUGUCAGAUGGAGUUGGGUGGCAGCCACCUUCUACCAUAAUGAGCACCGGUGAUGCAAACUCAGCGUAUUCAGGGCCACAUGCCCCUUCCCUUCCUCCCCCUUCUCCUGCCAUUGCACUCGGCUUCAACAAAAGCACAUUCAGCUACGAGGAGAUUGCAGCUGCCACCAAUGGCUUCUCCCAUGCUAAUCUACUAGGACAGGGAGGAUUUGGAUAUGUGCAUAAAGGAGUCCUACCUAACGGGAAGGAGAUCGCGGUGAAGCAACUCAAGUCAGGGAGUGGGCAAGGAGAGAGGGAGUUCCAGGCAGAGGUUGAGAUCAUUAGCCGCGUACAUCAUCGCCACCUUGUUUCUCUAGUUGGCUACUGCAGUGCUGGUUCACAAAGGUUGCUAGUGUAUGAAUUCGUUCCUAACAAUAAUCUUGAAUACCACCUCUACGGAAAAGGGAUUCCUGUGAUGAAUUGGUCCACAAGGCUCAGAAUUGCUUUAGGCUCAGCAAAAGGCCUUGCCUACUUGCACGAGGAUUGUCAUCCUCGAAUUAUUCAUCGUGAUAUCAAGGCUGCCAACAUUCUCCUAGACUUCAAAUUUGAAGCCAUGGUUGCAGAUUUUGGGUUGGCGAAGCUUUCAUCUGACAAUUACACUCACGUAUCAACACGCGUUAUGGGUACCCUUGGCUAUCUUGCUCCAGAGUAUGCGUCAAGCGGUAAGCUAACGGAGAAAUCUGACGUCUUCUCAUUCGGAGUGAUGCUUCUUGAGUUGAUAACCGGUAGAAGACCAGUUGACAGCUCGCAAUUCGUGGAAGAUAGCUUGGUUGAUCGGGCUCGUCCUAUUCUAUCCCGAGCUUUGGCCGAUGGAAACUAUGAUGAGUUAGCUGACCCCCGUUUAGAUGGUAAAUUUCAUCCCACGGAGAUGGCGCGCGUGGUGGCAGCUGCCGCUGCCAGUGUUCGUCAUUCCGCGAAGAGACGACCGAAAAUGAGUCAGAUUGUGCGAGCUCUGGAAGGCGAUGUAUCGCUCGAGGACUUGAACGACGGAGUGAGGCCUGGGCAGAGCAUGCUCUUCAGCUCAGGUCCUGACUAUGAAUCUUAA